UCCAAAAUCGACCUCAUCCGCGCCUACCACCAGAUACCAGUUGAGCCACAGGACGUCCCAAAAACAGCAGUAAUUACUCCGUUUGGUCUUUUCGAGUUCUUGCGCAUGCCAUUCGGCCUCCGCAAUGCUGCACAAACAUUCCAACGCUUCAUCGACCAGGUCCUGCAUGGGUUACCCUUCUGCUACGCUUACAUAGACGACCUCCUCGUUGCCAGUUCAUCCCCUGAAGAGCAUCAGCAGCAUCUUCGGCAAGUGUUCCAACGUCUCUCUGAACAUGGCAUCAUCAUUAACCCUUCCAAGUGCAGGUUCGGAGUGUCAGAGCUAGAGUUCCUUGGACACACUGUUAGCUCCCAGGGUAUCCGACCAUCCGACACAAAGGUUAAAGCCAUCACUGAUUUCCCCAUGCCAAUGUCGCUGCGGAAAUUACGGCCACUCAACAACCUGCUUGCCACGCCCCACGGAAAAGAUCGCACACUUGAGUGGACCGAGGCUGCUACAACCGCUUUCAUCAACAUCAAGGAGGCGCUCGCUACCGCCACCCUACUCACCCACCCCAAGCCAUUCGCGCCGACAUGUGUUAUGACUGAUGCCUCAGAUACAGCUGUGGGUGCAGUCCUGCUACAGCAGAUCGAUGACGACUGGCAACCGAUCGCAUACUUUUCAAAGAAGCUCCGACCAGCAGAAACACGUUACAGCACUUUUGAUCGCGAACUCCUAGCAAUAUACCUGGCAAUCAAGCACUUCAGACACUUUGUGGAAGGUCGUGAAUUUUACAUCGCCACCGACCACAAACCACUGACCUUUGCCCUCUCAACUGCCUCUGACAAGUACACG